UGGGUGAGGUAAUGGCGGGGAGUUUUGCCGGGAAACCAAAAAGCGCGCCAGAUGCCCUAAUUCAUUCUUCAAAUACCCAUUCCUUACAUCUCUCAACAUCGCGCCAAUUUUCCCAAUCCCAAUCCAUUUCCCCCAAAAAUGAUGCACAAACGGAGAACUCUUGCUCCCAAACCCUCCUCCGCAUCAGAUCACGACCAAUACGACGACAUUUCCUGUCAGAAAUGCGGCUCCGGCGACUCUCCGGCUGAGCUUCUCCUCUGCGACAAAUGCGAUCGAGGGUAUCAUCUCUUUUGUCUUACCCCCAUCCUCGCUUCCGUCCCCAAGGGAUCCUGGUUCUGCUCGACUUGCUCCAACCACAAGAAACUCAAAUCUUUCCCUCUUGUGCAAACCAAAAUUGUUGAUUUUUUCCGCAUCCAAAGACCUGCGGACUCUCAAACGGAUUUAAGCCUAGAAAACAGAAAGAAACGAAGACGGGCUGGUAGCUUAGUACUGAGUAAAAAGAGAAGGAAGCUUUUGCCGUUUAAUCCGACAGCAGAUCCUGCAAGACGGUUGGAACAAAUGGCAUCACUGGCAACAGCAUUGACGGCUACAGGUACAGAUUUCAGCAAUGAGCUUACAUAUAUGCGUGGGAUGGCGCCAAGGUCAGCAAACUGUGCAUCUCUCGAGCAUGGAGGAAUGCAGGUUCUUCCAAAAGAGGACGUGGAAACCUUAAACUUGUGCAGAAGUAUGAUGGAGAGAGGGGAAUGGCCUCCCCUUAUGGUUGUGUUUGAUCCUCGAGAAGGGUUCACUGUGGAAGCUGAUAGGUUCAUAAAGGACUUGACCAUAAUUACAGAAUAUACUGGGGAUGUAGAUUACUUAAGGAACCGUGAACAGGAUGAUGGGGAUAGUAUGAUGACAUUACUGUCUGCUACUAACCCAUCUAAAAGCCUCGUCAUUUGUCCUGACAAACGUAGUAACAUUGCCCGUUUCAUAAAUGGAAUCAACAACCAUACACCUGAUGGUAGGAAAAAGCAAAACCUGAAGUGCGCAAGGUUCAAUGUAAAUGGUGAAUGUAGAGUUCUACUGAUUGCAAACAGAGAUAUAUCUAAGGGAGAGAGAUUGUAUUAUGACUACAAUGGAUAUGAGCAUGAAUACCCCACUGAACAUUUCGUGUAACCUUUUACUUUGUAAAACCCACAAAAUGUCUAUACAAACAUCUUUAUGGAUGUGAGCUGAUCGAUCAAUGCCUAAUUAAUAGUUUUGUUAGUUCUCUAUUCUCAGUUUCAGUAGAAUGUGCCCUCUAGAGCAAAUAAGAAAGGAGGACAAAUUCAAAUUGCCUCCAUACCAACAAUUUAUAAUUCAAGUAUUCACAUGUUAACGCGAAU